AUGGACAAACACUUUAUUAACGACCCUGAUGUCUUGGUCAAAGGCGCUCUUAAAUCCUUGACUUCAUUAAACAAGACCCUUACUGUUCAUGAGGAGGGAAAAUUUAUUUACUACCACGAAUAUAAUAAGAAAAAUGUCAGUGUUAUAUCAGGCGGUGGUGCAGGGCACGAACCCACUCACUCCUCGUUUGUUGGCAAGGGGAUGCUAAGUGCUACAAUCUGUGGCUCUAUUUUUGCUUCCCCUUCUUCUAAACAAAUUAAUGCCGGUAUUAAGCAAGUCAAGUCGGAUGCUGGUACUUUGGUGAUUUGCAAAAAUUAUACGGGCGAUGUCCUUCAUUUUGCUAUGGCUGUGGAAAAAGAAAGAGCCGCUGGAAGACAGGCUGAAUUGGUCGCCGUGGGCGAUGAUGUCUCUGUUGGCCGUGCCAAGAGUGGUAAGGUCGGUCGUCGUGGUCUCGCCGGUACCGUUCUCGUUCACAAAUUGGCCGGUGCCGCUGCUUGCCAUGGUAUUGCUUUGGAAGGCCUUGUAAAACUUUGCCGUGCUGCCAAUGAUAACAUGGUCAGUAUUAACGCUUCUUUGGCACAUGUCCAUGUUCCCGGACAAGGUGCUCGUUCCGAAGAUGAAUGCAUGGCUCACGACGAAAUGGAGCUCGGUAUGGGUAUCCACAACGAACCCGGUUGCCGUCGCAUCUCCCCUAUUCCCUCUAUUGAUGAACUUGUAUCUGAAAUGCUAAAGCAACUCUUGGACCAAUCGGAUAAGGAUCGUGCUUAUGUGAAUAUCAACAGUGAGGAUGAGGUGGUGUUAGUCAUGAAUAACCUUGGUGGUUUGUCCUUGCUUGAAUUCAGUGCUGUUUCUAGUAAAGUCGAGGAAGCCCUUGCCGAACAGUAUUCCAUUCAUCCAGUCCGUGUCUAUGCCGGUACCUUCACCACCAGUUUGAACGGUCUUGGUUUUGGUAUCACCUUGUUCCGUACCACCGACCUUGUAAACAUUAAUGGUAAGGAUAUUUCCUUCAUCGAUUUGCUAGAUGAACCUGUUGAGGCUAUUGGCUGGCCUUACUGCCAACCUGCAAACAGAAACUCCAAGAACAAGAUUGGCAACAUCAGCAUUCAAGAAGCUCAUGCCGAUAUUCAUUCUCCUGUCAAAAUCAACAAAGAAGCUGUUCGCAGGAUUAUUCUUACCGCCAUGCAAAAUGUAAUUGAUGCGGAACCCGAGAUUACCAAGUUUGAUACAAUUGCGGGUGACGGUGAUUGCGGUACCACAUUGAAGCGGGGUGCUGAAGGUGUCGCUGACUUUGUCAAAUCUGACAAAUUCUGCGAUGACCCAAUUCGUCUAGUUCGCGAUAUUGCCGACGUCAUUGAAGACAAUAUGGACGGUACCUCUGGUGCUUUGUAUGCCAUCUUUUUCCAUGGUUUCGCCAAGGGCGUGAAGGAUCAUCUACAGGAAAAGAAGGAUGUUUCCACCAAGAUGUGGUCCAGCGCCCUGAAUGCUGCUUUGAAUACUCUCUUCAAGUAUACUCCUGCUCGCCCUGGUGAUCGUACUAUGUGCGAUGCUCUUGUUCCAUUUGUCGAAAAGUUCGUCGAAACCGACAACAUCCAUGCUGCUGUUAAGACUGCUCGCGAGGGUGCUGAAAGUACUGCAUACUUGCAAGCUAAGCUCGGUCGUGCUGUUUAUGUUGGUGGAGAUGUGAAGGUUCCCGAUGCCGGUGCUCUUGGUGUUGCUGCUAUCGUAGAAGGUUUCGCCAAGUAG